AGCAGCGCGAGCAACUACGAUACUCUUUUCUAGAGUGAGGAGCCGGCCGUACAGAAGAAAAAAAGCGAAAAUUUGUCAGUUUUCAACCAGCGUGAACUUUUUCGUUCGGAAAACUGUCUGGAAAUCGUUUAUUCGCUGGAAAAAAGUGUGAAAAAUAUUCCUCGUUGUGCGAAGUGUGAUUUUCCGUAGAAUUCAGUCGUUUUCGCUUCGCCAAUAGGCAGGAAAUUUCGAGUGAAAAUUCUUUUCACGCGAGUGUGCUUCUGGUGAAUCUGUCUGGAAGGGAAGGCGACAACUAGAGCUACUGCUAUAGAGCAAGAAAAAAAGCUGAAGCAGGAAACUUCGUGGAUUUGUGCGUGUGAGGAAAAAGUGUUGUAAAAUUAUUAGCGAUUUUCUGAAAUCGCGUCGAAUUUCGUCAUUGUGAUCGACUGGGCAUCUAAUAUAUCAAACAUGCAAAUAGUGCAAGUCCUCGAGAAGACGGUGUCGCCAGAUAAAGAUGAACUGCUGGCGGCCAAAAACUUCCUCGAACAUGCAGCCGCAUCGAACCUGCCCAGCUUUCUGCGAGCUUUGUCAGAUGUGCUGGUGUUUGCCGGGAACUCACCGGUGGCCCGUAUGGCCGCCGGUUUGCAGUUAAAGAAUCAACUCACCAGCAAGGAUGCAACAGUCAAGUGCCAGUACCAGGAGCGAUGGCUAUCCUUUCCCGAGGAUACACGAGAAUAUAUCAAAAAGAAUAUCCUUGCUUCCCUGGGAACAGAAAGCAGUCGACCCUCAUCCGCGGCGCAGUGUGUGGCUUAUGUUGCCGUUGCCGAGCUGCCUGUGGGUCAGUGGCCAAAUUUGAUGCAAAAACUCGUGGACAACGUCGUUAAUGAAAAGUCAACUGAGAUGGAACGGGAAGCUACGUUGGAGGCCAUUGGUUACAUUUGUCAGGACAUUAAUUCGGAAAUUUUGGAGCAUCAAUCGAAUCAGAUUUUGACGGCAAUUAUUCACGGUAUGCGUAAAUCGGAACCAUCGAACCAUGUACGAUUGGCGGCUACGAAUGCUUUGCUAAAUUCACUUGAAUUCACAAAAGCCAAUUUCGAAGAAACGGCAGAAAGGAACUAUAUCAUGGAGGUGGUUUGUGAGGCGACUCAGAGCACCGAUACGCAGAUUUGCGUGGCUGCUUUGCAAUGUCUCGUGAAAAUUCUUACUCUUUACUACCAGCAUAUGGAAGCGUAUAUGGCCCAAGCACUGUUCCCCAUCACACUGGAGGCAAUGAAGAGUGAAAAUGAACAGAUCGCGCUUCAGGGUAUUGAAUUUUGGUCCAACGUCAGCGACGAAGAGAUCGAUCUGGCGAUUGAAUCACAAGAAGCAGCCGAUACUGGCCGCCCGCCCAAUCGUGUGUCGCGUCAUUAUGCUCGAGGGGCGUUGCAGUUUCUGGCACCAGUGUUGAUGGAAAAACUGACUCGGCAAGAGGAGUUUGACGAUGAAGACGACUGGAAUCCAUCGAAGUCAGCCGGGGUAUGUCUAAUGCUUCUGGCCACCUGUUGCGAGGAUGAAAUUGUUCCGCACGUGCUGCCAUUUGUGAAUAAUAAUAUCAAAUCGUCAAAUUGGCGCUACCGAGACGCUGCCCUGAUGGUUUUCGGAUCUAUCCUGAGUGGUCUGGAGACAAACACUCUGAAACCGCUUGUUGAACAAGCGAUGCCGACGCUGAUUGAGCUGAUGUACGAUCAGAGUGUUAUAGUGCGUGACACCUGUGCGUGGACCUUCGGUCGCAUAUGUGAGGUCAUUCCCGAGGCUGCUAUCAACGAACAGUAUCUCGAGCCUCUGCUGAAGGCAUUGCUGAACGGUUUAAAGGCAGAGCCACGUGUCGCCACGAACGUAUGCUGGGCAUUCACUGGUCUAUCGGAAGCGGCGUACGAUGCAGCGAAUGUUGACGAUGAUGCUCCACAGACCUACUGUCUGUCACAGUAUUUCGAUUUCACUAUCAGUAAUCUGCUAGAAACGACCGAUCGCCCUGAUGGGGCGCAAGCCAACUUGCGCUCUUCUGCCUAUGAAGCACUGAUGGAGAUGAUCAAGAACUCACCUCAGGAUUGCUACGUCUCCGUACAGAAAACAACGAUGGUUAUUUUGGACCGACUCAACCAGGUCCUGCACAUGGAAUCACAUAUUUCCACCCACAACGACAGGCACCAGUUUAACGAUUUACAGUCGCUGCUCUGUGCCACAUUGCAGUCGGUUUUGCGUAAAGUGGACGCUAAAGAUGCUCCUCAAAUAUCUGAUGCCAUUAUGACCGCUCUUUUGACCAUGUUUAGGUCAAGUUCUGGCAAAGUUGGUGGUGUUCAGGAAGAUGCUCUAAUGGCAGUGUCAACUUUAGUUGACUUGCUUGGCGAAGGCUUUAUCAUAUACAUGGACGCGUUUAGAGAAUUUUUGUACAUGGGCCUCAAAAACCAUCAAGAAUAUCAAGUAUGUUGCACAGCAGUGGGACUUGCCGGUGACAUUUGCCGAGGACUCAAAAAUAAAAUUCUUCCUUAUUGCGAUGAAAUUAUGACUCUGCUGCUGGAAAACCUCAGUAAUCCAUCGAUUCAUCGAAGCGUCAAACCGCAGAUUUUGUCCGUGUUUGGAGAUAUGGCUUUGAGUAUUGGAGCUGAUUUCAAGAAGUAUCUCACCAUUGUCCUGCAGAUGUUGGCCCAUGCGACGCAAGUGCAGAUCGACCCGAACGAUUAUGAUAUGAUCGAUUACCUGAAUGAACUUCGCGAAAGUGUCCUGGAAGCUUACACUGGCAUAGUGCAGGGACUAAAGGGAACCGAUAAGAGCCCGCAUGAGGAUGUGAACCUACUGCAACCGCAUGUUCCCUUCAUUAUCAACUAUAUCAUCUCGAUUGCGAAAGACAGCGAACUAUCGGAUGGAAAUAUCGCUAUAGCAUGCGGGUUGAUCGGCGAUAUGUGCUCUGCCUUUGGACCGCCACUGCUGCCGCUGGUGGAAGACCCUCAGAUUCAGCAGCUGAUGAAUGAUGGCAAAGUCUCACGCACCGGACGAACCAAAACACUUACCAACUGGGCGCUAAAGGAAAUUAAAAAACUUAAGCAGACAACAAACGACGCGAGUUGAUUUAAUUCAGCAUUAACGGCAACACGCUCAACUACACAGCAGCCAAUGGCACCACGUCCAGUACAGUUCCAGCAAUGUAAUUCUACCAUCAAACCGUUUGUAGUGCCCUUCGACUGUCUUACUUCACCACUUAUUUCCGAAAAUUCGCCAGCUGCGGUAGCUGCGCUACCUCUUCAUCACAUCGAAGACCAGGAGGAACCAUUCAAUUGCAACUAUUACUACAGCGACAAUCUCUGCUUUGAUAUGUUGCUGAAGAUCUAGACGUACUCUUUUUUUUCAUUUGGAUCCUGAUUCACUGGUUUAAAUUAGGGUAUAUCCAGGUUCCCCAAUAUGUAAGUCACUCGUUGCUUUCUCUUUUAUGAUUGACCAACCUUAUGAUGCAGUGUGCGGAGUGACAGUGGCUGGGCUACGCCAGGAAGCUAGGGAGACAAAUGAUCGCAUGAUUCCAACUGUUGUCGCUGGUCGCUCCAGACGAGUAAACUUCCCGUAGAACCGGAACUGUGUGUACAUCUAGGUUACGGUGUGUCGUAGUAGUAAUAGUUGUAGUGAAACUUAGAUGAUAACUGUGUAAGCCAACUAAAUUAAAUCAAUUAUCCAAAAGUAGUAAGCGACAUCUACACACAAACACGAACACAAACUGAAUCCGUUAAAACAAUGUAUCUUCUUUACGAGUGAAAAAUUUUAUUCUUAUAGUCGAGACGUGUGCCAUAGUGAAACGUUGGGAUGCCUUUUUCGCGAAGAGUGAUCUAAAAGUAGUGGACCUCAAAGCAGUCCAAUUGUAAAUUUGUUGACAAAUAAAAUUGUUUUUUUUCGUACGUUGUACACUUUCACCGUGGCACUCGUUUUAUUUUCCUUCGGUAAUCUAUGAUGCAAGUAAACUAGGAACUAGCGGUAAUAUCGAUCGGAAAUUCAACACAAUACAGACAAACCUUUAAACAAAAAUAUGCGUAUAUUUGACAACAACAAAAAAAAAACUCCCAUAUUUAGCUGCAGUUUACCUUAAAGGAGAUAGAAAACUCGUAUACGGGGAAACGAAAUACUUCUGAUUCGACAAAUAUUACUAAAGCAGCAAGUAUGCCCAGCAGGCAAGAGCAUAAGCAGAUUUUUGUCGGUUAUUGGAGCGACACAAUGCGAUUUAGGUUGUACAGUUUAAUUCGUGGGGGUUUUAAAAAUUGUGCGCUGAUAUAUUAUUUAAGGAAACUAGAAAACUUUGCCUGCUUCAACAAAGUGUAACACAAUUGGACUGUAAUAUUUUAGAGGAGAGAAUUAUUUCGUCGACCUGAAAAAGUCCUUUAUUCCGUGUCGCAUGCUUUUCAGACGUAAUACUGUAGAGUGAGUCCCACAACCGAGUGAGUAAUUACGAAAUGGCAAAAUGACAAGGGGAAAAAGGAUGAUACUAUACUAUAAUUUUGCAACACAACAUAAAAGCAGAAAAGCUUACAGUGUAGAUUAUUAAAUAUCAAUAUCAAGUCUUGUAAGAUUAGAAUAAAAACAGAAAAAAAAACAAAAAAAAAAAUUACAAGGUUAAGUCAUGCAAUUACCCAAAACAAAAACAAUGUGUAAGUGCGUGUUAUGUGCUGUGCUAUUUCAUGACUAGGAUGUUUACGACUAGUGGUUUUGCGUUCGGGGUUGACCGAGGGGGCAUGUUGUUUGUUGGUCGGAGGUUGGAGAGUUAAAAAAAAGAUGUGCGAUUGAGAGUCUCGUACUCUGCGUGCUUGAAGAGUCAUACUAAAUUCGAGACUAUGUCUAUUGAUUUCCUAUAAUAGUUGAUUGAGAAAUGUUUGAUGGUUUUGAUAACAAGUUUACAAGUUGAUAAAGUUGAUAAGUCGAGGAAUGAACAUAAAAUGGACAUAAAUGGUUACUUGACAUACCUACUAGAAAUUUUUCCUGGUCUUUUAAAAUACGAGCUUCUUCACACUCUACUAGUUCAUAGCAAACUGGAACUCAAAUCUAAACGAAUCACUGGAAAAUCAUGAAUGAAAUAAAACUGUUUUGUAACUUACCAGGAACAGAAGACUUUCCGACCGACUUGAGCUUGACUGAUCGAUAAAAGAAAUCCAUACCAAUAGACGAUACUAAAGAAAACUACUGAAAUGAAUUCGCGUGUGAUUGAGACUUUGUCUUUGUGCUUUCCCUCACUGUUGUCGGUUUGAUGAGUGGUUGAGUGCGUCUGCGAAGCGCCGUGCGUGAAUUGCGUAACGCGAAAAAAAAACUUGAAUGUGAUAUGUAUAUCUAACUUUGCUUGAUAUUCCUGAGAACCUGAUGCAACAACGGUUAUUCCAAUCGUAGCCAAAAUUAUGUGUGAUAUAAGAAAAAACAAGAGUGUGCGUGUGCACGAGCUCCGCAUAAUGAAAUCAAAUUCUGUACAUGAACUGUAAAAUAAUAAUAUUGAAUCAACGCUGAAUUUCUCUAGAGGGUUCACUAUUGAUCACUAUCAUCAUUUAGCUUGUUUUCUAUUGUCAACGAAAUUAUCGUAUAGGCUAAUGGUGUCUUGCGCCUAAAUACAGAUAAAAUCCAGUUCGUAGCUCACACUUAUUUGUGACAUGGAUGGUGCUGCACGCAAUUAGUUUUGUUGUUGUUACUAAUAUCUCUGAUUGCUUCCCUCGUGAGAUACGGGAUUGCACAUAUUUCAUAUCAGAUGCUCUGAAUCCGAAUAAAGCUUUAGGCUAUGAUGUGUUAGUUAAAAGCUCGUUGAACUCGUUUACGUUAAGCGAAAGGAAAGGAAUGUUGGAAAAGUAGCUUGCAACUGUAAAGAAAGUAAGUCCAAAAACGUAGAGUGUUAACAUUUGUAUUCAAAACUGGUGAAAGGUUAACCCUUCGGUUGCCAAAAACUUGAACAAAAUUAAAAGUUGUUGAAAAAUACGAAGCGGAAUGAAAACAAAACUUUGAAGGAAUCAAGCUUAAUGAAAUGCUUCUCCGUAGAAGCAGGAUAUCUAACCUAAGACACAUCUGUCGGAUGACUUUGUAGUCAACAAACCUUCAUUAUAAUUCUCCAAACCAUACAGAAUAACCUGCUGAAUAUGGGUCUCAACUGUGCGGUUUCUACUAAAUCAAAUGUCAAACAGGUGAUAAUUGACACCGGAGCUGAUUGUGUUGAGAGAUGCUAACUUUUGACCGCACAAAUUAGUUAAGUGCGUACCAAGUGUCUUUUUCUAAGAACCGCGAAGAAUCUUUCUCGCCAUGAGUAUAAAUCUGACCUGCAAACUAUUCAAGAAUUACGUCAAAAACUUCAUCCACUAUUUAAAACUAAGAAAGAAUUGAUUAUGAUUAAAUCUUCCAAAAAUCCCCAAAUCGACCAUUGUAAUGGAGGAAACAUUUAAAUGACUUGGCAUCAGUGAAAACUAGUUUUCUUUUCGGAGCAAUUUUUACGAGCAAACCAAGAGAUUACCCAUGGGAAUUCCACUUUCACCGUUUCUAUGUAAGUUAUUUGUAGCAAAUAUGGAAAACAAAUUAAGGGAUAGAAAGCUUUUGCCAAUUAGUUUUUCAACAGUUAUGAAAUUAUAAGCCAAAAUGUUUGUUAAAAGUUCGUUGAACGUUAAUGAAUGGAAGUGUUUGAAAAGUAGCACAAAGCUUGUUUUUACAGCACGCUUAGCUCCAAAAUCCUAGAGUGCUAUUACUUGCUUAUAGAACUGCUGAAAGAUUACCCGCUCGGUUCUACGAAUCCUCAACGAAAGUAAAAGUUGCCGAAAAAGUGAAACAAACGGUUUAAAUGGAAGUUUCGCCUAACUUUUUCGUUAAUGCGGAAUCUGGUCUUGCAUUCAAAUCUUUAGUGUCUUUUUGAAAAAUAUAACCCCAAAGCGAGGAAAGAGUGCAUUCAGUUUAAAAGUUCAACGAAUGUCGGAGUGCAUUUUUUUUUCAAUAAACCUCCAGAAAACUUGACACAAAAGAUAAUUAUUACACAAAUAACAAACAGGUGUAUUUCUAAUGUUCUACAGGCUGUAAUAUGUAAGUCGAAUCGACCAACUCGACUGGAUUCUGUUACUGUUGAGUGGAGCGAAGUUCUACAUCAUAGAAGUAGUGACAUCUUUCUUCAUAGUGCGGUCGACUCAGAUGAGCAAUCGCGUCGAGCUCGGUUUUUAUAAUACUGAAACAGAACCGAGCAAAGUGACAGUCGAUUCAAGCUACGUAAUGGGGUCGUUGUGUUCUUUAUAUUCGUAUGUCUUGUUUCGUUGUUGAUAUUUCACUUUUUUAGCUCCAAAUUUUUUCCAUAUUUCAGCGGAACAGUUGAGUUCAUAUCUAACUAAUAAAUAACCGUUUAAUGCCGUUACUCUUAUUAGUAACAUUGUAUAGUUACCUUCCUUGGGUGCGAAUUAAAGUUUCAAUUGCACUAAAUUUUACUCGAAUUGUUGUACUAUCACACAAGACUCCAGAUUGCUUCAAGUUUGGAUUCAUUCCAUGUCAGAUUUUUUAAGAGCAUUUUGCCUAUUCCAUAAAUUUGUUCCAAAUAUAAAACAAAGCAAAUGAUUGAAAAUAAUUUUCACAUGAAACAAUUAAACAAUCAUAAUCUUUCUUAAUCAUGUAGAAUAAUUCUGAAAGGCACCAACAAAACAAAAACGUUGAGCUACUCUGAAUAAGGUCGAAGCAGAUUAAAAUGUAUGCUCUAUUAUAGAAUUUACCUUACGGAAGUCGAGUGGUCACGAUGCCUGCUGGCACCUGACCUAACGCCUAACGCCUGUCAUAAAUACUGACGAUGUCAGCGUCUGUAAUAACCAUACGAUUUGACUUCGAUAAUAAGGUUCUAUGACACCAAAAUCACAAGAAUAUAGAAUACUGGCAAAAUAUGAUUUUACUCACUAAAUGUCGAUAAGGGAAUGAAUUAAAGAGUGUUGCAUGUCAGAAUCAAAAUCAUUCCAUCGAGGGUAAAUUGUUGAAAUUUAUGCGAGACACACAGUAGUACUAAACAUCUUUUGCCACUUUUAGUAUUAAAAUAAAUGAGUGAAAACGCAAGAAUGAAAAAUAAAUUCUACCUAACACAGAUCGGCUGCUCGCUAUGGACGGGCAGUCGAACGAAAAACACAAAUAGGAAGAGACUUAUUACAAGUACGCAACACACAAAUACAAAAUACUAAUCCAAACAAAAAAAAACAUACUAACUCAUGAUUCCCAGUCAAAGCAAUUUAUAGAUAAACUUAUUCUGUUACCUUUUAUUUAAUAAAUCGAUAAUGAAAAGUACGACUUUUGACGAUAAAUCACAGACUGUUAGGAAACCACAAAAGCAGGAAACAAAUAACACUGUAAAACAAGCGAACAUUGCUCAGGUACAUACAAAAAACAAAAAAGAAACCAAAACAAAAUCAAAUACCUACAUACGAAACAUACAAACAAACAAACAAACAAAUACAAAGACUUACAAAACAGUGAAAUACUGCACUCUCAAACUAAAAAAUAAGUGAAAAACGUAAAAUUGUUGUAAGACAAACAAACAAUAAGUGUAGUACGAAGUUGUGAAAUUUUUCCUUCUUGCUAAACAAACGCGAAUGAUGGAGAGUUGGAGAGUGUGCGAGAGUGAUGUCCAUGUCGGUGCGCAAAGCUCGCUUGGAUAUCACGUUGUGAAUCGCGUGUUUGAACGGUCAUAUAUUUUUACUUAAAUAAAAACAUUAACCAGAGAGUAAGACGACAGAGAAGGCGAGUCAAUCCGUUUACUCCUGUUUAGCUAGACGUGUAACGAACGAGAACCAUGAAAUUAAACUGCAGAACCCUCUGCUGCUGAAGGCGGAAAUGGGUACAUGCGUGGAACCAGAAAGGAAAUUUAGGAACCGAGAACCUUUCUCGAAAUCCGACAAAACUUGGGAAUAUUGAAAUAUACAGAAUUAUAGCAGAAUCUAACGGAACCAAUGAAUUAAAAGAAACUGUGGAAGCAUUACAAAAUCCAUUAGAGAAUAAGUAGGAAUUAUUGAAAUUACACAGAACUAUUAUGAUGCUGACUUAACUAGACGAAAAAGAAUUAAGUUGAACUAUAAGAAAUAAUAAGAAGGAAAACAACUGUGAUUUGAGAAAGCUUUUUACAGUCACACGAAAGCAAAGGCAAAUUGGAUAAAUUUGCACAAUUUAAAUCAAUCAGCAAAAAAAAGUGGCGCAAAGUGUGAUCGAAACAAACAAUUGAAGUUUUAAAAAAUUCCAAAAUUCUUUAAAAUAAUAAAAACAUAUUGAAACAAAAAACGAGUCGAAGAAAAAAAGCUUUCUCAAGAAAUUAACGACUGAUUUUUAAAAGAACUCUAACGUAAUACCAAACUGUAACGACGGAUGUGUGAUCGAGCGAGAUUCACCCGAGUGUGUGUGUGCCUGUGUGAAGUAGGUAUGCAUGUGCGCCUGAUUUAACGAUUUCGCUCCAAGAAAUACUAGGAAAAACUUUUGGUUGAAAAUUUUACCCUCCGAAACCACCGAAUGAAUCUGUGCUUGAAAACCUGGAAAAAAUCUGAAAAGAGGUAAGGUGAGUGGAAUGUUUUGUUUGCGAGAAUAUGAUGCAAUUCGAUUGCAUCGGAAACUUCCAAAGAGGGACGAGACAACAUGAUUUGUUGAAUGCGAAAUAUCAAACAAAAUUAUCAUCAGAGAAAUGCAAUUUUUAACAAAAAACUAAAAAUUAUUGUAUAGGGAAACAUAACAAAUAAAGAAAAUAAAUCAGCCUCUGCUGCAGCGUAACGACAAAAAAGUACAUGGUAGCGAACUUUGGAGGUUUCAAUGAAACUGAUUUCAUGGCUGCGAUUUAAGCGAAAGAGAAAGUAUACUAAUAUUAUUGUACAGAAUUCCAUCGUAACAUACUGAAACGAACAUUUUUUUUUUGUUUUUUUGGAGGACCUUAGAAUUUAUGAACACGCAACAUAAUACGACCCAACAUAUGCAAUCACACUUGAAAGAAUGGCCAUAUUGGGUAGAACAACAAAUAUUUUCCAGCAACUUAACUACUCUGUGAGUUUCUGCGAAACGCUGAGGUGAUGAUGAAAGUUUACUUGUAAUAGUGUGUGGCAAUAGUCGUAUUAAAAAAAAAUCGAAUGAUCGUUUUAUGAUUGUUUGCUUCUAAAAAAAAGAACUUAUGAACUUUGAUGAUGAUGGAUCAAACGGAAUGAAAGUGAAUGAAGCUGAGUUCAAAGUGAAGCCAUAGCCGUUGCGUGUGUCGUGAUGCACGUGUUUGAUUUUGGUGAGACUGAGAUACGUUUCUUAAGCGGCAAAGUAGUGUGUUAGUGAUAAGCGAAUGUUAGUCUAUUUUGUAAGUUAGUCUGGCUGUUUGUAUACUUGAUGCUUGGUGACUGAAUAAAAAUUACAUGACUGCCAAAAACAUCAUCUUGUCUUAUUUAUCCCUUCUGCAUAUCAGUAGGAGAGAAGUGAGUGAACGGUGUAUUUAGAAGAUAACUGCAAACAAAAAAAAAAAAGAGGAAAACAAACGAACAUUGUCGAAAACAGUUUGAGUGCUAAUAAAGAACAACGAGUGUGGCUUCGUUCCUUAUCCAAUAUGUGAUGCGCGGGUAAAUUUUUGUUAGGAGUAAACUUUUUUUUUAUCACAUAGUGAAAACAAUAAUUUUUUGUAUGAAAUGGAAAUAA